GGCCACUAGAUGUCGCUGAAGUGCGAGGCAAAAUGCACAGCUAGUGAGCAGGCCUGUAUAGUAAGGGUUAAUGCAGAGGAGGAAGCGGCGACGGCCAGUAGAUGUGGAGGAAGACCAGGGAAGCCCAGCAUGCUCUAUGUGCCGCCGCCGCCACUGCUGCUGCUGCAUAUACAGUACACGGCGCAUCCUUGUGUGAGGGGCUGGGAUGUGUCUGUAGGCAUGGAGAGGGGGCGCAUGUGUACAUGUGCAUGCUAGAGAGCGGGGGGAGUGUUCUAGGCUGCCUGCACUUCGUCGUCUUGCCGCGGGAGGCAGCAGCGAGUCGGAGAGACAAAAAUAGCCCGAAAUUUGCGGAGAAAUAUAAGGAUUGUGUAUGAGGGGAGGGAGAGCGGCAUUAGGCUGGUUUCCAGGAGGAGCUCUUCUCCCUCUCCCCCUCUCUCUCCCUCUUUGUGUUAUUUAUAGACUCCCCUCUUUUAUACUCCUUCCCUUCAGAGCUCUUCUCCUCUGCGACGUGAUGUGUCCCCGGCAGCGCUGACACCUGGAGGGCAGAGCGGAGCGGCACCGCCGGGCGGACGGGGCUCAGUCACACACACACACGGGCACCGCCACUAUUUUUAGCAGCAGCGGUGGCGGUCGUUCCCGUCGCAGGACUGUGAGCCGGGAGAGCGAGGGGGAGGCUGCCGUGCUGCGCCUUUUUUUCUCCCCCCUCUUGUAUGAGCGUUUGAGCGACAUCCGCAGGAUCACACCGCGUAGCAGGCAGGGCUCGGUAACCAGCAGACAUGGGCUGCCUGGGCAACAGCAAGACGGAGGAUCAGCGCAUCGACGAGAAGGCGCAGCGAGAGGCCAACAAGAAGAUCGAGAAGCAGCUGCAGAAGGAGAGGUUGGCCUACAAAGCCACACACCGGCUGCUGCUGCUCGGUGCUGGUGAGUCAGGAAAAAGCACGAUUGUCAAGCAGAUGAGGAUCCUCCAUGUCAACGGCUUCAAUUCAGAAGAAAAGAAACAGAAAAUUCAGGACAUUCGGAAAAAUGUUAAAGAUGCCAUUGUGACAAUAGUAUCUGCAAUGAGCACAUUAAUACCACCAGUCCCACUGGCUAACCCAGAAAACCAAUUCAGAAUUGACUACAUUAAGAGUAUAGCUCCACUGUCGGACUUCGACUAUACACAGGAAUUUUUUGAACAUGCACAAAAACUUUGGGAUGAUGAUGGUGUGAAGGCAUGCUUCGAGAGGUCAAAUGAAUACCAGCUCAUUGACUGCGCACAAUACUUUCUAGAGAGAAUCGACCACGUUAGGCAAAAUGACUACACACCAACAGAUCAGGAUUUAUUGAGAUGCAGAGUUUUGACAUCAGGGAUUUUUGAAACACGAUUUCAAGUAGACAAAGUAAAUUUUCAUAUGUUUGAUGUAGGAGGACAAAGAGAUGAAAGAAGAAAAUGGAUCCAAUGUUUUAAUGAUGUCACAGCUAUCAUUUUUGUAGUUGCGAGUAGCAGUUACAACAUGGUCAUUCGAGAAGACAAUAACACAAACAGACUACGAGAAGCACUGGACCUGUUCAAAAGUAUCUGGAACAACAGGUGGUUACGGACUAUAUCUGUCAUUUUAUUUUUGAACAAACAAGAUAUGCUGGCUGAAAAAGUCUUGGCAGGGAAAUCAAAAAUAGAAGAUUACUUCCCAGAAUAUGUACGCUACACCGUACCUGACGAUGCAACACCAGACGCAGGAGAAGAUCCCAAAGUGACGAGGGCCAAGUUUUUCAUCAGAGAUGAAUUUUUAAGGAUAAGCACGGCAAGUGGCGACGGAAGACAUUACUGCUACCCUCAUUUUACCUGUGCCGUAGACACGGAGAACAUUCGCAGAGUUUUCAAUGACUGUCGAGAUAUCAUCCAGAGAAUGCACCUCCGCCAAUAUGAACUCUUGUAAUCGUUCUCACCGUGGAGCCUGUGGUUUUAAAUACUUUGCUACUUUUUCUGUCUUUCCUCUGUAUUGCUCCACACAGGGUGGAACAUCCCCACAGCGCACUUUUUCUAGGCUUCUAAUCUUUUAUUUUGAUAUUUUUGUUCAGCAAGGAUUUUUUCCCCAACUUUCCGUUUUACGAGAGAGGGCGUUUUCUGUCCUUGUUUUGUUUCACACUUUUUUUUUCUUUUUUAAAUCAUCAUUCCACUAAACCAAUGCUGCUCACUCCCGUAACUAGGAAAUUUAUUGGCCUUUUAUCAGAACAUAGAUUUAAGCUUUUGCAACUCAUGUAUCCUUGGUAAAUCUAGCACUUCUCACCUUCACAGCCACUUUUGUAAAAGGUGGGAUCAUAAAAUAGUCCCCAGAUCUAACUUCACAUAUGUAGUCCCCACUGUCAAUUCUGCAGCUUUGCCAGCUGAAGAAUUCCUGCACGCCUCUUCCUGCUAGGCUGAGCAUGCAAUGGGCAGUUGCUUCUCAUAUCCCCUCCUGUUAAAAGGGACUUAUGUUCAUAAAGUGACCACAUUAUUAAAUCCGGGGUACAGUUAUAUGGAAUACUGCAGAAUUGCCCUACAUUCCUAGGAGGACAUUGGUAUCUUUGAAAAUGUGCCUAUAAGAUACGUAGUCUACACAUUUUGUGGACUGAGCUAAUAUAUGUAUGCUAUUGAUUAACUAGGAUCCAGUGACAUCACUGCAGAACGGUGCACGUCGCGCUUCAUUCCUCUUUAAUAUUUCUAGUGAGCUAACAGGCUUGUUAGCUGUUGGCUCGCUUUGAAAACAAAAACACUUUAACGUGCAUACAUUGUGGAAAGGAAUGUGGUUCCUGUAACUUUUGUGCCGUACAGCAAAGAUGGAGCUGCCUGUCUUAUUGAGCAAUCACGUCUGCAAUCAUUUUGCAGGCCGGUUGGAAGGAUGGGUUUGACAGGAAGACAUAUUUAUUAUUUUAUUUUUCAGUAAGAAGGAAUUGUAAUCCCUGUACACACUCCUUAUCUUUAACAAAACUGUUACAUAACUGUCUGUGGAGUACCCCAGAUCGAAAAGGCUACAGAUGACACGUCUUGAGAGGCAAUAUCAAAACAGUUGUUUUUUUUUUUUUGUUUUGUUUUUUUUGUUUUUAAAUUCUUUUUAUUUUUAUAUCACAGACUGCACCUUUCUAAAGUUCAUGUUAUUAAUCGUUAAUAUAAAAUAUAUAUAGAGAUAUAUAUAUAGAGAGAGAGAAAUAAAUUAUAUAAGGAUCUACAUAUUUUAGAUGCAGGGAAAGAUGAAGUCCCCCCCCUCUGGGGUAAGGAUAAGAAGCGCUGAUUUCAAUGUUAUACUGACGAAGAGUCUGACUUCUUCUACAGAGAAGGGACAAAACAUUUUUUUGAACAGUAGCUUUGCUCUCUGAACAAGAAAGGUUUAAUACCAUUCCACUAAGCCUUAGGCUACCUCUGUUCUAGCAUUUUAUUUUAUUUUUUUCCUUAUGGGCACUGGCCCUUGCAAAUUGUACCCAUCUUUUAGAUGGCACUAUGCUCAGACUUAUCCCUGUGUGGGUUUACUUUAUUAUUUUAUUAUAGCUAUUUUUCUUUAACAUGACACUGAAGAGUACUUGAUGGAGGAAAAAAGAAAUAAUGCACUUUGUAUCAGGUAAAAAAAAGAAAAAAAAACUAAAAAAAAAACAAACAAACAAAAAAUACUGUUGAGGAACUACACACAAUGUAGCAGCACCAGAAAUAUUUAUUAAUGUCACAGGUUUUAGCAUUUGUUGAGUUGCAGGUCAACUGGUAACGUGACCUCUGCUCUUUGCACCUUCAGGGGAAGGGGGAUGCUUGUAUGACAUUGCAGUGCAGUGGGCUGCAGGCCUUUUGUGACACCGAGGAGUUUAAGGAAUGUUUCUGGGACAGUACAUAGACUAGGUAAUGAAGAGGCAAAGUCAAGCAAUUUUUUACCUUUUAUUUUUUAUGGUGUAUUGUGGCUAAGUGUUUCUGCACACCUCAGGCAUUCAAACUGCAGCUGCUUUCAGCCUCUCACGUCAAGGCAGAAAAGAGGAAGAAAAAAAAAAAAAGGA